AUGCCGGAAUAUGCCAGUGGGGGGUCUCUGUACGAGUACCUCUCCAGUGAGCAGAGCGAGGAGAUGGACAUGGAGCAGAUCAUGACAUGGGCCAUACAGAUAGCCAAAGGGAUACAUUACCUCCAUGCGGAAGCUCCAGUUAAAGUCAUUCACAGAGACCUCAAGUCACGGAACGUGGUGAUGACGGCAGACAAAGUGCUGAAGGUUUGUAAUGAUGAUCUGUUUAUUAAUGGACACUCAUCACCACACAUCAGUCAUUUUCUGCACAACCGUUUCUGUUUACAUGUUUCCCUCUGUUUUUAUGCAUCUGAGCCAGCGAAAGCCAGUGGCCUGAGUUUUCUGCUUCUUGUGUUUGUGUGUCUGCAUAUCCAGAGGCUGACCAUCCCCACCAGCUGUCCUGUAAGUUUUGCUGAGCUGAUGAGGAAAUGUUGGCAAGCAGAUCCAAAGGAGCGUCCGCAGUUUAAGCAGAUGCUGGUAACCCUGGAGGCCAUGGCACAUGACAGCAGAUUACCGGACCAGUGUAAUUCCUUCUUACAUAACAAGGACCAGUGGAGGUGUGAAAUUGAGUCGACCUUGGAGCGCCUUCGCAAGCUGGAGAGGGAACUUUACUCCAAAGAGAAGGAGCUGGAGGAGCGGGAGAGGAGGCUCCGACUGUGGGAGGAGCGGCUGAUGGAGAGGUCCAACAUGACGCCCAGUCCCACCUCCUUACUUAUGGAGCGCUCAAACAUCUCACCAUUCUUCACCCCCAUGUCCAUCGGCUCCUCUGGUGCUUUCUUCCGCUCGCACUCUCAGGACUCCAACAGUACAGGGGUCAGCAGUGCCGGCGUCAGCAGUGCCGGCGUCAGCAGUGCCGGCGUCAGCUGCCUCCUCCGCACCCUCAGCAACGGAGACACAGAGAGGGGGAGCAGCGCUGGGCUGGAGAGAGGGAUGGGCUCACUUGACAGCGGGAGGCUACAUGCCAUGCUCCGGGGGUUACAGGGGAGGUUCGGAGAGGAGGUGGACGAGGAAGAGGAAGGGACUCUGGAGGAGAAAGGCUGGGGGCAGAGGGAGAGACCUGAUAGUGGGAGUCUGGAAGGAGGAAGAGUGCAGGUGACGCUCCGUAGCUUCCCAGGUGGCGUGGUGGAGAGGGAGGAGAGGACAUGGGAGGAGGGGGACAGGGAGAGAGGGGGCAUGCAGAGGAGCAGGGUGACGACCAUAGUCCGAGGAUACUCAGGUGGGUUUGGAGAGGCAGAAGGGGAGAGGGAGAGGGAGAAGGAGAAGGACAAGGAGGGACCGUGGGAGAUAGAACUCAAUGAGAGAGGAAUGGAGGGAGGGAUUGAAGGGGGACGGCUCCCAACCAUGUUCAAGGGUCUCCACGGGGGUCUGGGGGGCUUGGGGGACAUGCUGUCCUUAGACAUGGAUGACAUGGGAGACAUGGAGAGACUGGGGGACAUGGACAUGAACAUGAACAUGGGUGACCUGGGGGUGAAGGUGGUGGGUCAAGGAGUCAGGAGUGAGCUGGGGGUCAGGGGUCGCAGGAGUGACAUGGGAGUCGUAGUCCAGGGAGUCAGGAGGGGGGACCUCAGCGAGGCCAUCAGCCAAAAGAUCAGGGGCGAGGUGGGUGUCCUCGGCCACUCGGGGGUACAGGUGAGCAUGCGGGCUUCGUCCAAUCAGAACUCUGUGAAGAGCUGCAGCGUGCGGCACGGAACCAAGAUUAACAUGGCUACUGCUGCCAUGGACAUGAUGGAGCUCGACUGGUCUGACAGUGACUAGGAAACACACACACACACACACACACACACACACACACACACACACACACACACACACAGACACACACGGAGGCCAAACUAGAUGAUUUUGACUCGUCAGCACAUACAGUAUCCGAGCUACAGUAUGUGCAGUAGAAUCUCCAGUUGAAAACGAGCUGGUACACACACACAUUUGUAUUGUUAGAUUUUUUUAUUGAAUGGAUGAAUACUACACCCAUGUGUACUGUGAAGAGUGAUGGAGCAAAAAGACAAUUUGACGUUGUCUUGUAAAGUUGACAGAAUGAUUUCACCUGUGUAAUUGAAUGUGCUAUUAGAACUGAUGCAUAACAUACUGUAAGAGGUACAAGUGUUACGAAAUAACACACUUGAACGCCGCUCUAAUGAAGCAGCACUGUCAGAUACGUUUUUCCUCCUGCUUGUAGAGAAUCUUGUAGUUUGUAGAUUUGAUUUGUUCAAAACAGGCUUUGACUUUUAUCAGUUCUAACUGUGAUCUAGCGCGUGAUUCUUUUUGGCAUUUCUCUGUAUAUUUUAUCCUUUUUCAAUAAAAAGAAAAGA